AUGCCGCCGUCGACACCCACCGCGUCAAGGCGCCUACAGUUCUUUCUCGGCACUCUCAUUGGCAUUUCGUUGGUUGUGUACGUGGAAAUCUCGUUUGCCCCCCGAUCCAUCGACUUGACAACGUCCUUUCGGCACAUACCGACGUGGGUCCAUGGCCCACCUCCUCCAUGGAGCCGCACCGACAAGUUCAUUCCGGACCCUCAUGUGGGCCUCGAUGCAGGUCAAAUCGCACGACAGGAUGCUGUAAAACGCGCCAUGCAGCAUGCUUGGUCAGGGUACGAGUCACGUGCGUUCGGCGCGGACGAAGUGGCACCCGUGUCCGGACAGAGGCGGCAUAACGUCUGGGGCGGCAUUGGCGUGACCCUCGUGGACUCGCUGGACACACUUUAUAUCAUGGGCAUGCGUGACGAGUUCCAUCGAGCGAGGAACUGGGUGGCGAACCACAUGAACUUUACGCACUUGGGCGCCGACGGCACAAAGAUCAGCGUGUUUGAGAUCGUGAUUCGACAGCUUGGGGGGCUCCUGAGCGCGUACGAUCUGUCCCGAGACGCCAUGUUCAAGCAGCGGGCGGUGGAACUCGCGGACCGGCUGCUUCCUGCGUUUAAGCACGGCGUAUUUUACACCCAUUUCAACGUGUUUACCAAUGAAACGUACCUCCCAUUGCAUAUGGGUCUCUUGGCCGAUUUCGGCACGCUGCAGCUGGAAAUGCGCUACCUCAGUGACAUCACGGACAACGCCCUGUACAGGGAAAUGGGUGACGCCUUCUACACGGCGGUGCGGCGCGAAGGCUCGUUCGAGAACACGGGUUUAUUCCCCGUGGAAUACGAACCAGAAACCGGCCACUUUGCCACGGAAGAUACCAUAAUCACAAUCGGCGCGCGGGGUGACUCGUUCUACGAGUACUUGCUCAAGGUGUGGCUGUACAGUGGGAAACGAACAGACGACCUCUUCCUGCGACAGCUGUACGACGACGCGGUCGCGGGCAUGGAGACGCACCUGCUCGUGUAUUCAACGAUAGACGACGUGUACUACCUCAAGGAGCUGCAACUUCCCGAGAUGUAUAGCAAACCCCGCCAAGACCAUUUGCUCUGCUUUGUGCCAGGGAUGCUCGCUUUGGGCACCGUCGGCGAGUCGAAUGCGACUAAAGUGACAAAACACUUGGCCCUGGCCAAGAAACUCAUGCACACGUGCGUGUCGUACUACACGCGACAGCCCACGGGCCUCGCGCCCGACCUCGUGGGGUUUCCCGGGUUUGACGUGCUAAACUCCGUCUACAUCCUACGCCCCGAGACGGUUGAGAGUCUCAUGUACAUGUACCGUAUCACAAACGAUCCAAUCUACCGGGAAUGGGGGUGGACGAUCUUUGAAGCGAUUGAGAAGCACGCCAAGACCACGUUCGGGUAUGGCGCCGUGUGGAAUGUGCACAACCUCACGGACGCGUUCAUUGAAGACAAGAUGGAGAGCUUCUUCCUUGCCGAGACACUCAAGUACCACUACUUGCUCCAGAGCGCGCCGUCGUUCGUGCCGUUGGAUCAGUAUGUGUUCAACACGGAAGCACAUCCGUUGAGGAUGAACCGGCAAGAUUGA